AAAUUAAACCACGUAGAACCAGAGCUUAACACAAAAAUUUCACAAAUUCCCUGUAAAAUAAACCCUUAUCAAAUUUUACUAAUCAAACUUUUCUUAACUUUUUUGUUCAAAAAACUAUAAUCUAAAACUCCGUUUCUUUCCUCCAUUCUUCUGCUCCUUAUAUCCUCCUCACUACCUAAUAACCAGUAUACAGCUUGUAUAGAUUGAAUUCAAGAGAAAGUAUGGCUUCAACUUCAGCAACUAUUCCAAUACUAUCAUCAACUUUCAUUGGUACUCAACUCAGUUUAUCAUUACCAACUCUAAAAACAUCAAAACCACCAUCUCUUCCUCUAUCAAAAAGAAAAUCUUUUAUCUGCCAAUCAAUUCUAAAUAAAAAACCAAUUAAAACCCUUCAUUCACAAGCAGCAAUAGCUGCAAUUCUAUUCUCAAUAUCACAAAAUACACCUUCUGCAAUAGCCAUUGAUAAUAAUCCCCAAUCUUCACCUCCAACUGUAAUUCAAGCUGAAGCCAUUAAACCCAUUUCUCAAUCUUCACUCCUUCCUCAAAACAUUUUUCAAACAGCACCAAAAGUGUCAAAUACACAAGACAUUCCAGAUGGUAAUCAAUGGAGGUAUAGUGAAUUUCUUAAUGCAGUCAAAAAGGGUAAAGUCGAAAGAGUUAGGUUUAGUAAAGAAGGCGAUACUCUUCAACUUACAGCAGUAGAUGGUAGAAGAGCUUUUGUCACAAUCCUAAAUGAUCCAGACCUUAUUGAUAUUCUUGCUUCAAAUGGUGUUGAUAUUUCAGUCUCUGAAGGUGAUUCUGGUGGUGGGUUAUUUAAUUUAAUUGGAAAUCUUAUCUUUCCUGUUCUUGCAUUUGCUGGUUUAUUCCUACUGUUCCGUAGAUCUCAAGGUGGUCCUGGAGGACCAGGUGGAUUAGGAGGACCCAUGGAUUUUGGAAGAUCAAAAUCUAAAUUCCAAGAAGUUCCAGAAACUGGGGUUACAUUUGCUGAUGUUGCAGGAGCUGAUCAAGCAAAAUUGGAAUUACAAGAGGUUGUUGAUUUCCUGAGAAGCCCUGAUAAAUAUACAGCUUUAGGCGCCAAGAUUCCAAAAGGUUGUUUAUUAGUUGGUCCACCAGGAACUGGGAAAACACUUUUGGCUAGAGCUGUUGCUGGUGAAGCUGGUGUUCCAUUUUUUUCAUGUGCAGCUUCUGAGUUUGUUGAAUUGUUUGUUGGUGUUGGAGCAUCUAGAGUUCGAGAUUUGUUUGACAAAGCAAAGGCAAAAGCACCUUGUAUUGUGUUUAUUGAUGAAAUUGAUGCCGUGGGUAGGCAAAGAGGUGCUGGAAUGGGAGGUGGAAAUGAUGAGAGAGAACAAACUAUAAAUCAACUUUUGACAGAAAUGGAUGGAUUUUCGGGGAAUACUGGAGUUAUCAUUUUGGCGGCCACUAACAGACCGGAUGUUCUUGAUGCUGCAUUGUUAAGACCUGGAAGAUUUGAUAGACAGGUCACUGUCGAUAGACCUGAUGUUGCUGGUAGAGUUAAGAUUCUUCAGGUUCACUCUAGAGGCAAGUCACUUGCAAAGGAUGUGGACUUCGAUAAGAUUGCAAGGAGAACACCUGGUUUUACUGGAGCUGAUUUGCAAAACCUGAUGAAUGAAGCUGCUAUUUUAGCAGCCAGGCGAGAUCUCAAGCAAAUCAGCAAGGAUGAGAUAUCAGAUGCCCUUGAAAGGAUUAUAGCUGGUCCUGAGAAAAAGAAUGCAGUAGUCUCGGAAGAGAAGAAGAAAUUAGUAGCUUAUCAUGAGGCUGGGCAUGCACUGGUUGGUGCUCUCAUGCCCGAAUAUGAUCCUGUUGCCAAAAUCUCUAUCAUCCCUCGUGGCCAAGCUGGAGGUCUCACCUUUUUCGCCCCAAGUGAAGAGAGGCUAGAGUCCGGCCUAUACAGCAGAAGCUACCUCGAGAAUCAGAUGGCUGUUGCCCUUGGUGGAAGGGUAGCUGAGGAGGUAAUAUUUGGGACGGAGAAUGUAACAACCGGAGCAUCAAACGACUUUAUGCAGGUUUCUCGGGUUGCAAGACAGAUGGUUGAAAGAUUUGGCUUCAGCAAAAAGAUUGGGCAAAUCGCCAUCGGUGGGGGCGGUGGAAAUCCCUUCUUGGGACAAUCGAUGUCAUCCCAAAAAGAUUAUUCCAUGGCUACCGCUGACAUAGUGGAUGCUGAGGUGAGAGAGCUAGUGGAGAAGGCGUAUACAAGAGCCACCCAGAUCAUUAAUACCCAUAUUGACAUUCUUCAUAAACUUGCACAGCUCCUCAUUGAGAAAGAGACUGUCGAUGGAGAAGAGUUCAUGAGCCUCUUUAAUGAUGGCCAAGCUGAACUUUACGUUUCCUAAAUUACAAGGCGCCCAGCUGGUUCUAUAUCCAAAUUUGUACUGUAAUUUUCUUGUGUAAUUUUCUAGUAAGAUUCUGACAUGAAAGAGAGGAAGGUAAAUAAUGAAGCACAUACAUAGAUGUAAAGAAAAAAAAAAGAAACAGGUGUUUCCUCGCAAUAUAAUACAAUUUUCUCAUUGAAGCCAA